AAUGGAGCGAACAUACAUCAUCAAAUUUUUGAAUAAAAUUGUUUCUCAUUUUUUUCGUAAAAUAAAUGCCAUUUUCAAAAAGUCUUUCACAAAAUGCUCCCGUUUGAUAAUGAUGACUCUAGCGAUGAUGCUACAACUUCUGUUAGGCCGAAGCAUCCAAGAGGAGUUCCUCAGAGUCAAUCAACAUUUCCACGUGGUAGAUCGAAUUUUUCGUCUGGAACUUUACCAAAUCGAAAAACAGAAUGCACUCCAGUGAACACCUUAACAAUUGGGCAUUCAAACAAGAUGCUAUUGACAACGUUUCGGAUGGAUCGAAAUUCAAAAUCUAAAUCGGAAGUUGACGUACAAGAACAGCCUGUUCACUCUUCAUCGUCGGCUUUUCCAGGAAAUCAUUUAAACAAUUUUUCGUAUCCAGUGAAUCGUGGAUAUCUUCGUGAUUACCUGCUACAGUCACAAAGGCCUUCUACUUCAAAACCAGUCGACUGUUCUGUUCUAAAACGGCACUCUCUCCCAUCAACUCACAUUCUUUAUGAGAAAACGAAGCACAGAGGUGGUGUAAAUAUCGAAGAACAAGAAAAACUCGUGCGGAUGUUAUGGGCCGCUGCAGAAGAAUCGGAAACAGUUGCGAAGACGAGACAGUUUAGUAAAAAACAGGCGAUUGAGCUGAAUUUCGAUGCUAAGCUCAUUGGCAGCAUGAAUAAUGAUUGCUUUGGAUAUUGCCGAGCACACAUGGAAAAUAUAAAAGAUGUUUUGAAAACACACUUGAAAUUGUCUAAAGUUGACGAGGUAAACUGGAUCAAGGUGGGGAUGGUGCCACGAGCUGCGUACGAAGAUAAAUCAUACGUCAUCGAUGCUCAUUUAGUUUUGACGCCAAACGGUGAAGUAGAAGAUGAAAAUGAAUUGUUCUCCGAGUUCGCAUCAAGUUUCACAUCUAGAAUAACUGGAAUGCUCCAUGAUCAAGUAUUUUUGGAAGUCCCGAAAAUGCAUACGCUUUUCACAAAAAUAACACCCCAACACAUGGAUAUAAAUAUUUCUGCGAUUGCGAUUGGAAACUGCCCUAAUUCAGGACUUUUCCUUGUUAGAGGAGAUUUCAUCAGUCAAGAAAACACAGUUUGUAGUGUAAAGCUUCAGUCACACCAUAAUGCAGAUGCAUCCCGUGAAAACAGUUCAUUCAAAGUGGCAGGAAGCAAUAAAUACCUCUCGUAUGCGAGAUUUGAGCAUGACAAAAGACUGGCAGUGGUAUAUUUCGGAGUUCGAUUAGCCGAAUUCGCUGAUGAUGGUUUGGAUCAUGCCGGAUUUCGUCUUAAUCUAUAUUAUAAUUUGUUUGUUCGAAUUGUUGUCGACAUGUCUCAUGAAACUACGAACAGUAUUUAUAUACAAAUGAAAAAUCCACCGCAUCUCUGGGAAGGAAUUCCGAAAAAUACGAUUUUUCACCCAUCAAAGUCGAAGGUUCUCAAUAUGGAAACGUGCACAGAAUGGACAAGAGUAUUGAGUUGGCCUGGCGAUGCUGAGGGCCGAGGUGUCGGUUGUACUUCUGAAGCUUUCUCGCAAAGCUCCUGGAUCCGGUUGACAAUGAGAAAAGAUGAUGAUAACGAUUCGGUAUCGUCUACACAAUUGAUGGAUAUUGUUACUAGACUUUCUGCUCGAAGCAAAGCAAAAGUGAUGUUCGGCUCCAUUUUUUCAAUUCGCCGAAAACUUGCACCAUCCCCGGCUUUCCAUUCUCUGGGAUCUUUCCGAGCGAAUUAUGCUCUCCAGGCUCUAAUCACACGCGGAAGUGUAUUUACGGACCAACUUUUCGACGCAACUGAUGAAAAUAUUCCAAGUUCAGACAAUGACAAUGAUGAAGAUGAUGACGAUGAUGUUGAUGACACGAAAAAGCCAAUGGAAUUAGUACACGAGCCGCUCUUUCUGAAAUUAGUUCGUAGGGGAAUGAAAGAAUGCUCUCAAGCCACAGAAGAGACUCUCGAACAACUUUUGAAUGCAUUUGAUGAACGUCGUCAAAUCGAUGUAGUUACCGCGUUCACAACAAUGUAUCAAUCAAGAAAGAUUCAAUACGAAAGACUUCUGAAAGGAGAAAGCCUUCAAGAUGUAGGCCUUGCAAAGCCAUUGCCGAAGAAUUGUGUUUCAGUGGCUAAAGUUAUUGUAACACCAUCUCGAAUACUGCUAAUGGCUCCAGAAGUAAUGAUGGUAAAUCGAGUUGUUAGAAGAUUUGGACCUGAUUAUGCUCUUCGUUGUGUGUUCCGAGAUGACAAUCUGGGCCGGCUCGCUAUUCGCGACUUUUCCAUCAAUAAUAUAGAUCACAUGUCGAAUAUUGUCACCGAAGGAAUUUAUUUGACUCUCAAAAAUGGAAUUCAAGUUGCUGAUCGUGUCUACAGUUUUCUAGGAUGGAGUAAUUCUCAAAUGCGUGAUCAAGGAUGUUAUUUAUACGCUCCUCGAGUCAAUGCAUUAACUGGUGAAGUCACAGGAACUGUAGAAGAUAUUAGAGUAUGGAUGGGAGAUUUCCGAGAUGCGAUUAGUGUUCCAAAGAUGAUGAGUCGAAUGGGACAAUGCUUUACACAAGCACAACCAACGGUACGUCUUGAACGACAUCACUGGAUCGUUGAACCUGACAUUGAAGGUGGUGUAGAGAACAAAUAUUGUUUUUCUGAUGGUUGUGGUCGAAUUUCUAUCAAACUGGCAACACAUAUAUCUAAGAUUCUCCAAUUGAAGGAAGUACCAGCUUGUUUCCAAGUGCGAUUUAAAGGUUUCAAAGGAAUUCUAGUUAUUGAUCCAACAAUCGAUGAUAUUAUAAAUAUGCCUAAAGUUAUCUUCAGAAAAAGUCAGCAAAAGUUUGGUGAAGGUGGUGGAGAGCUGCAAGAUGAAUACCUCGAAGUAGUAAAAUACGCUAUGCCAUCUCCAGUUUGUCUCAACCGUCCAUUCAUUACAAUCCUGGAUCAAGUGUCGGAAAAACAAUCUGCAAGCUCUCACAGAAGGAUCACAAAUCGUGUUCAUUAUUACUUGGAAAGAGAACUAUGUUCUCUGAGUAAUAUGCUCAUAAAUGAAAAUCAAGCAGCAGAAGAGCUAGUCAAUCGCACAAACUUGGCAAUCGACUGGAACGCAGCAAGCAAACGAGCCGGGUUCGAAUUGAGUGUAGAUCCAUUGAUACGAGAUAUGCUAUUCUCUAUUUAUCGCUACAACAUCAUCCAUCACAUUUCUAAAGCUAAAAUUUUCUUGCCUCCAAGUUUGGGAAGAUCAAUGUACGGUGUUGUCGAUGAGACUGGACUUUUACAGUACGGACAGGUUUUCAUCCAGUAUUCACCAAGUAUCCGACAAACCAGUAACCGUCCAAUAUUGAAAACAGGCAAAGUUUUGAUUACCAAAAAUCCGUGUCACGUUCCUGGAGAUGUUCGAGUUUUCGACGCAGUUUGGCAACCAGCAUUAGCUCAUUUAGUCGAUGUUGUAGUAUUUCCACAACAUGGCCCACGACCACAUCCCGAUGAAAUGGCAGGUUCAGAUUUGGAUGGAGAUGAGUAUUCUAUAAUAUGGGAUCAAGAAAUGCUACUCGAUUAUAAUGAAGAAGCAAUGGUUUUUCCGAGUAGUUCAGCUGCAGAAGAAGACAAAGAACCUACUACAGAUGAUAUGGUUGAAUUCUUCCUUCGAUACCUUCAACAGGAUUCAAUUGGAAGAAUGAGUCACGCUCAUUUGGCUUAUGCUGAUCUUCACGGACUUUUCCACGAAAAUUGUCACGCCAUCGCGCUCAAAUGUGCAGUAGCUGUAGAUUUUCCGAAAAGUGGAGUUCCCGCGGAACCAUUGUCAAGUUUCGAGCAAUGCGAAAUGACACCUGAUUAUAUGAUGUCAGGUGGAAAACCGAUGUACUACAGUACCCGAUUAAAUGGACAAUUGCACCGAAAAGCUCGAAAAGUUGAAGAAGUUUUGGAAGAAUUUGAAACACGCGGGAGUGUAUUCGAAAGAGAAUAUGAUAAACUGAUUUGUCCAGAAGACGUUGAUGUUUUCUUCGGAAAUGAAAUAAAACUUGUACAAACAUUGACUCUUCGCGAUGAAUACGUUGAUCGAAUGCAACAACUUUUGGAUGAAUAUGGAAUUGAAGACGAAGCUUCAGUUGUGUCUGGACAUGCUGCAAGUAUCAAGAGAUUAGCUGGAAUGGAGAGAGACGACUAUUCAUUUUAUCACACUGAUAAGGUCGUUGAGCUUCGUUAUGAAAAAUUGUAUGCUGUAUUUCGUGCAAAAUUCUUUGAAGAGUUUGGUGGAGAAGAAAUCAACAUUGAGAAUGAUGGAAAGAACACUCGGUUGAAAUGUACGAAGGCAAUGCAUGAAAAGAUUCGGCAAUGGUAUUUCGUGGCAUAUGUGCAGCCAAAGAUAAAUAAGGCUGGAAGAUGCAUUGGACAGAGUCUUCCCUGGGUUGCUUGGGAUGCAUUGUGUGAUUUGAGGCGACAAUUAAUGCUCGAUAAAAAUGACGCAGUUUUACGAGGCAAAUAUCCAAUUGCUGCUCGUUUAGAAGAGGAGAUCGAAAACUCCAUUGAAAGGCAGUUUGACAAGUUUCUCAAAUUGAAAGAUUUGAUUGAAUCUCACAAAGAUGCGCUUUUCCUGAGACGAUACGUAUAUUUUUAUGGAGAUCAGAUUAUAAAAAUGUUGUUCAUCCUGAAAGUUUGGCUUGAACGAGAAAAUGUGCUCCCAUCAAGUGUUUUGUCGAUUUGGCAGCUGGGAAGACUUUUGAUUCGUCUAGGGCUCGGAGAUCUCCUGGGAAAUCCCACUAUUGAUUAUGAAAAAAGUCUUCUGAUGCCAACAACAAUGUUUCAGCAAUGGAUUUCGAAGAAAGAAGAUGCAGAUGAAGCUCCGAUAUUGAGAAAUUUCGAUAUGGGAACAAUGAUGCUCGAAUUUCUCAGAUAUUUGGCAAGUCAAUCUUUCGCAUCAGCUGAAAGCAUAAGUCUUCGAGUUUUCUACGAAAAAGAUAUUGUUGAGCCAAUACUUACUAAAAGUGCACAAUGGAUGCCUUUACAUCUUAUUGCAUAUCGUACAUUUCAUUCCAUCGCUGUGUCUGGACGGUUUGAUGCGCUUCAUUUGGACGAUGAGGAUGCGGUGGAUCAGAUUACAGAAAGCAAGGAUCCAAUACUAGUUAACGAGUCAUUGUUCUCUUCGAGAAACUACAACGAUGAUUAUCCGAUCAGUAGGAGUAGAAUAUUGCAAUCUUUGAAGGAUUGGUCUGGUGUCAAAGAAAUAAUUCCUCGCGAAAUCACUGGAACUCGGAAGUCUGAUAUGAUCUAUGUUACAUCAGUUGGAACGGUUCUUGCACGACAACGCCUCGCUCGACUUUUACUUCUCAGUGGAGAGACAAUUAGGGACGCGAUUGCCAACAACGUCGUGCCGAAUGAAGUACGCGACGAGUUCUUGUAAUAUAGAUUUCCACUUAUAUCAUGUUUUAUGUUUUGCUUGUUUUAUAGAAUUUUUAAUGAUGAGACGAGUAUAUUUGUAUGUGUAAUAAUGUUUUGAUCUCGGUUCGAUUUUCAGAUAAAUUUAUUGGGUUUUUUUAAAU